UAUGGUAGAAAUGAACUACAAAACAGCACACAUUAUCUAUGCAACAAUGGGAUAUUAUAUAGGUAUAUACAGUCUUUGUAUAUGGCAGUAUAAGAGAGUCAGCGGGCCCUCCUUGCCAUGGCAAACACUCCCAUGGACACGAUGGCACACAUCCACAUGGAGGGAAAGGAGACAGGUGGUGCAGAGCUGUUGAAGUACUUCUGAUACAUCAUCAUCUGGAGGUAGGGGUCUUCGUUUUCAGCAGCCACAUUCGGGAGCUGAGGAAGAACGACCAAUGCCAGCAGGCACAGAGCUAGGCACACUUUAGGAGACAUCUUUCAGGA